AUGAGAUGGACACCUCCGACGUUCCGGCACGCUCAGAUCCAUCUCCCAAAGUCAAUUGUUCUGGUAGCAGCCACCCCCUCCUUCACCGCUGUCCAGGCCCAUCACCACGGAGGCGAGAGACAGAGAGAGUUCACCCCCUCUGGGAUGAAGUGGCGGCAAUACAAACUUAGAAACACCAACGGAACUGAAAAUUUCGAAGAUGAAGGUUUCUCGGCCUGGGAUGCCACCGCUCAGACGUUGUAUCCCUUUGUCACUGGUACCUCGGGGGGCUAUGUCCUGCAUUGUGCACUGAAGGUGAAGAAUCUCAUGGUUGGGUUUGCAAUGGGGAUAUCAGGUGAUAUGCAUAGAAGUGUGUAG